AUGGAUAAGUAUGUAGUCGAGAAAGUUAUCGGCGAGGGCACGUAUGGCAUUGUUUAUAAAGCUAAAGUAAAAGCCAGCGACAAUUACGUGGCGAUAAAAAAAUUUAAAUUACCUGGUGAUACGUUGUCCAUGCGGGAAGUUCAGACGUGUUCAAUGUUGAACCACCCUAACAUCGUGUCCUAUCGCAACAGCUUCCGGCAUGAUGGGAUUUUGCAUUUGGUGUUUGAUUAUGUCUGCGAUGGCUUGGUAGAACUCUUGUCAAAGAAUCAAACAGGUGUGAGACCACAGAAUGCCCAAACAAUUAUCUUCCAGCUAUGCAAAGCUUUGGAUUACUGCCACUCAAAUCGAAUCAUUCACCGAGACGUUAAACCAGACAACAUUCUUCUUGAUAAAAAUGGUACGCUCAAGCUCUGUGACUUCGGAGUUGCUCGCACUAUACAAUAUGAUGGCGAUCUACUAUCAGACUACGUGUCAACGCGGUGGUAUCGACCUCCAGAGCAAGAGUUACGACUCGGUCGCUAUUCUUUUAAUGCUGACAUUUGGAGUGUCGGCUGCGUGCUUAUGGAGCUACUUACUGGUCGCCCGCUAUUUCCUGGUAACACACAAAUCGAACAACUUAACCUUAUUCAGAGUUACCUUGGCCCUCUACCAGUGUCGCUACGCUCUAAAGUACCUCGAGGUGCCAGCUCCAUUCAAGCGCCAUCGCGAUCAUUUCGAGAAUCACUUGGUGAUCGAUCUCUUCCUCCAGGAGCUUUGGAUUUUCUCGUUAAAACUUUACAGCUUGAGCCAAGACUUCGCUAUUCAGCUCAAGACUGCCUUAACCACCCAUUUUUAAGUUCUUUGAGAGACGCAGAGCUUAGACAGACGGAAACUCGACAUCGGUUAAGGCAAGUCCGCGGAAGUGAUGAAGAAUGUAUAGAGGAAAGAAUUGCAGGUGAAGAGCAGUCGCCAACUCGAGAGCAAUCAAACGAAUUUAAACCCUAUCAAAAAAUUUCGGGUUUCGAAUCACAAACUUCUGAGACUUGCUCUGUAAUAAAAAACAAAGAUGACUCGGCAAAUAUUUCUGCAAAAGUGAUUCAGUGUAACUACUUGAAGGACCAAGUUAGGAUGCAUGACAUCAUCGAAUGUGACAACGAUAGCAUUCAGGAGAUUAUUGAGACAGAUUGCUCUCAGUUUCAGCUAUUUUGUGGGGCAUCUCUACAUGCUUCACAUGUGAUGUUAGCAAAAUCGCACGUCAAUUUCUUAGACGACGAUAGUUGUUACGAAGAUGACUUCGAAGAAUACAUAAAUAGAUUUAAACUUAAUGAUUCGAUAGGAAGCAGUGAAGUGGUGUUGCACACUUCAGAUACGUCGUUAAGCUCAAAUGAGUCACGAAUCCACCAAGGAUCGCACUCACGCAUGCAACUGGCGCACUUCUGGCAAUUGUACGAGGAGAAAAUGUUCGCGGAGGCACGAAGCCUCUUCAAUACGCAAAUGAGACGACAAAUUCGCACUCUUGCGCUCAUAUCUCCCUCUCUGUUGGUGUAUGACCGUGCAACAAAAAAGCUGUAUGUGUCGGAUUCGUCACCUGACGAGGCAAUGUUGGAGCGAACGCGGUCAACGGCUUCAGCCUGGCGGUCAUCAUCUAAGCCACCCAAUCCCCCAUAUAGUCGUUAG